UUCUAUUAAUCGAACUCGCAAAUUCUAUCAUCAAAAUUUUCAAAACGUAUUGAUAUAAUGCAUUUGGAUUUCUGAAACAAUGAAGAAUCUUUUUUGUUGUUGAAAAUAUGGGAUUAUUUAAAAUAUAUAAAGGAAAGUUUUAUACUUAAAUAUGCCUGUGAACAAAAUCAACGUAGAAGCAAAUGGGAUAAAAAGUUGGGACGGUUCGUCCAAUGGAGUCGCCCGACAUGGUAAAGAACACGUUCUUAGCGUAAGGACAGAGGAACAUCAUGCACUUAUAGAUUCUACAGAAACAGUGGUACUGUCGUGGGAAAAUGUAAAUGUCAGUAUUGACCCCAAAACCAAAACGUGCUGCCGGGGCAAUGACGUCACAGAGGGACCGAAACACAUCAUUAAAAAUGCGUAUGGUCACGUAAAGCCCGGGACCCUUCUUGCAAUAAUUGGAGCGAGUGGGUCAGGGAAGACCAUGCUGCUAAACGCCCUAGCUUCUAAUACCGAUCGCGAUAUAGUGACGUCAGGUGACGUCAUGGUUAAUGGAGUUGACGUAGGUAAUGGCAUACGCAAUAUAUCUGCAUAUGUCCAACAAAAUGAUCAUUUCAUAGCCACAAUGACAGUGAAGGAACAUCUUACGUUCAGGAAAACAAAGGGAAUUUCCGGGGGAGAAAUGAAGAGGCUUUCUUUCGCAUCGGAGAUCUUAACAAACCCUCCUUUAUUAUUCUGUGACGAACCUACUUCCGGUUUAGAUUCAUUCAUGGCAGAAAGUAUUGUGCAGACUCUGAAAGAAAUGGCGCAGAAAGGCAAAACAGUACUGUGCUCGAUCCACCAACCUUCCUCAGAAGUGUUUGCAUUGUUUGACCAUGUCCUCGUCAUUGCGGAGGGAAGAGUGGCGUUCCUUGGUGAUACGGACGAGGCUCUUAAGUUCUAUAGCAAUAUUGGAUAUCCGUGCCCCGUGAACUUUAACCCCGCCGACUUUUACAUAAUGACAAUGGCUGUUGUCCCUGGCAGUGAAACUGAAUGUAAACAAAGAAUUGAGAAAAUUUGUGAUGAAUUUUAUCAAACCACAUACGUGAAGACCAUUCUGCAGGACAAUAAAUCAGUUGUCGAAAGUCCAAGACGUACAGGUGUAAUUUACGAAGAAGCGUUUAGCAGCAAAUCGAGAUACGAGGCUUCAUGGUUACAACGGUUCAGUUCUGUGUUUGGACGAGCCUGGAGCACAACACUCAGAGAUCCAAUGGUAAUCAAGGUUCGAACAGCGCAGACACUUGUUUUAGCGGUGAUUCUUGGUUUGUUGUAUCUACAGCUAGACAUUGAUCAAGAGGGUGUACAGAACGUCAACGGCGUACUUUAUCUGAUGUUGUUAAACAUGACGUUUGUGAAUAUGUUUGCAGUAUUAAGUUCUUUUCCUCUAGAGUCGGGUGUAUUUUCACGGGAGUAUCGCACGGGUCUGUACAGCGUGGACAUUUACUUCAUGUGUAAAGUUCUUGCAGAGUUACCAUCGUUCAUUUUUAUACCAAUAGCAUUCUGUGGAAUAUGUUACUGGAUGAUUGGACUAUUUUCAUCUCUUAAAGCAUUCCUGAUAUUUUCUGCUGUACUUUUACUUGUGGCGAAUGUGGCAGUUUCUUAUGGUUAUAUAGUGUCGACGAUGUCAAAUUCCGUUAGUAUGGCACUAGCGCUGGCGCCACCUAUGAUGAUGCCACUGUUCAUGUUUGGCGGUUUCUUUGUAAAUACAAGCACUAAUCCGGUGUACUUUAUAUGGUUAGAAUACGUUUCCUGGUUCCGAUACGCAAACGAACUUUUAGUUGUAAACCAAUGGGAAAAUAUUGACACUAUACCUUGUGAAGGUGGCUCCGGUAGCAGUAGAUGUUUGUACAGAAAUGGCCAGCAAGUUAUCGACUACUUAAACUUUGAUGACGGCAAGUUCUGGUUAAACAUAGGUCUUCUGAUAGGAUUACUGUUCGUGUAUCGUCUGAUUGCCUACAUUAUAUUGUUUGUUAAAGCAAGACGAGCAAAAUAAAUGACUUUCAACAAAGACAGACGACAAAUUUUGUAGUUUUACCAAAAUUGUUAUUAAAGCAGAAACAAAGACUGCGUGUAUAUACAUUUGAAUUCAGUGUUGCAUACAGAGCAAAA